AUGAAUUCAUCAACGACCUCUUUCGAACCUUAUCCUCAAUUUCCAAUUGUAAAGAAAUCUAAUAGAGGAAGAAAAACUCUAGCCGUUAAAGAAGGUUAUGUUGAUCCAACUGGCCAGACACAUGUGAUGACCGUAAGGCGUACUUUACCACCAACCCCACGGCAACCAAAAAAAAGAUCAGUUAAGAAGAUCAAUAACAAGCCCCCAAAUUAUUGUAGAAGAUGUGAAUACGAUGAUAAAUUCAUUAAUUUGUUAACUGAUCGAAUCACUAAUUUGGAAAAUUUGGUACAAAAGAUCUCUGAUGUUACGGUCAAUCAAACUCCAACAACUAUGUUAAAUUUCAAUGCCAUGGAAACUGAUGAUCUUAUUGAAUUAUCUAAUCAUUUGAAUAUAUUAUCUCCUAACUCUCAAAAUAACAAUUACGCGUCGUCCGUUGAAAUUGUGCAAAAUCAAAUCGUGACAAGCCAAUUCGUGGCAACUCCACUUACAAGUUCCCCUUUAUCCGAUUGUUCCGAUUUCUUUCCUGUAAAUUUACACCCUGGUUUUAACCAGUUUUAG